AUGGUACUUAUGUCUCUCCGGAUCACGGGGAGUCAUGCCUGCAACACCGCUGGCAUUGUUUACACCCGCGAACAGCUGAUGGCUCUCAGAUACGCGACUCCCUUGGCCGGGGAGAGACCCUCCAUACCUGAGGAGCUUAAGAGGAGACGGCGAGGCUGCAGAGCGGGGCUUAAACGAAGGAUGAAGAAGAGGAAGUUUAAACCCUACAUCCCUGCAGUCAUCACUGGAAACGUGAGAUCACUGGCGAAUAAAGUGGACGAACUGGAAGCGCUCACCAGGACACAGCGGGAGUACCGAGAGUCCAGUAUCAUGUGUUUUACGGAAACAUGGCUGCACGAGCAGAUACCGGACUCGAACGUCACCAUCCCUGGCUUCCAGACGGUCCGAGCCGACAGAGACACCGCGGCGACCGGCAAGAAGAAAGGAGGAGGCGUCGCUGUGCUCGUGAACAACAGGUGGUGUCACCCCGGGCACGUUACGGUUAAAGAGCGGAUCUGCAGCCCAAACAUCGAGCUCGUCGCCGUCGGACUUCGUCCAUAUUAUUUGCCGAGGGAAUUUACCAGUGUUAUCGCCAUAACUGCUUAUAUCCCCCCGUCUGGAAACGCAGAAGCAGCGUGUGAUGCUAUUCACAAUGUGACUGCAGGAUUACAGACACAACACCCUGGGGCUUUCAUCAUCAUCACAGGUGACUUUAACCACGUCUCCCUCUCAUCCACACUCCCAACCUUCUACCAGUUUGUGACAUGCACUACUCGUGAAAAUAAGACUUUGGACCUGCUGUACGCAAAUGUUAAGGAUGCGUAUAGUGCCACUGCCCUGCCACCACUGGGCAGGUCAGACCACAACCUAGUCCUGCUCUCGCCAUUAUACAAGCCUGUGGUUCAGCAGCAUCCAGUUACAGUGAAGACAGUGAGGAAAUGGUCUCAUGAGGCCAUGGAAACACUACGUGGAGCGCUGGAGGCCACGGACUGGGAUGCCCUGUAUGAGCCACAUGGUGAGGACAUAGAUGGAAUGACUGACUGUAUCUCUGAGUACAUCGGGUUCUGCAUUGAUAACACCAUCCCCACUAAGGAGGUCCGCUGCUAUCCAAACAACAAACCGUGGAUAACCAGCGACCUGAAAGCCCUUCUCAAUGAGAAGAAGAAGGCCUUUAGAUCAGGGGACCGAGCAGAACUUAAGAGGGUACAAAAGGAGCUCAAAUACAGCAUCAGGGAGAGCAAGGACAUCUACAGAAGAAAACUGGAACAAAGACUGGCAGACAAUAACACCAGGGACGUCUGGAGGGGGAUGAGGGAGAUCACAGGCUUCCAGAGGAGAGGUGCGGGUGCGGCAGAGGGGGAUGAACGACGUGCCAAUGACUUGAACAUGUUUUUUAAUAGGUUCAACUCCACACCAGGCGGCCCCCCUACUGCUUCAACAAACAACUCCUCACCUCCCACCACAACAACACCCUGCUCCACACCACCCCCACCCCCUGUGCGGACACUCGUCACAGACUCUUUCACACCUCCCGCCCCACAGACAUACUCGCAGCUCCCCACCACCUCCUACAGCAGACAAUCCCCUCCCCCUCUGUACCUCCCCUGUCACCUCCACUCCACGACCCAGCAACAACAUCCACCUUGA